AUGGAACCAGACGGUCGGAACGCCGACGGCCAGCCCUCCCACCGUUCCACGCGGCCCAUGACCCUGCGCGCCACGCGCGCCGAACUCGCCGCAUCCGCGCGAGACGCUCGGAGGGACAAGCUCAGAGACGUGCAGCUGCGGCUCGGGCUGCCUGCCGCAGGAGCGGCGCCUCGUCCAGGGCGUCACCGGCAUCACACCACCUUCGUCAGCAUCGACCUCGAAGCCCACGAGGACCAGCCCGGCUUUCCCACAGAGGUCGGAAUCGCCGUUUUGAACACGCACAAGAUUGACGGCGUGGACCCUGGGCCGGCCGGCCUGUGUUGGUGGCGCUUCAUCGAAGCCCAUCACCUGAGGGUUCGCGAGUUCGCCGGGCACGUCAACCGCCGAUACGUCCAGGGCUGCCCGGACCAGUUUCAGUUUGGAGCCAGCGUGAUUGUCCCCGCGGCUGACCUGGUGGACGCGCUGCGCGUCAUACUGUCAUCCUAUGCUGACGGCAAGCAAGACGUGAUUCUGGCCGGCCACGGACUGACGGCCGAUAUAUCGUGCCUGGACCGGAUCGGGCUCAGCGCAGAGGGGCUGCCUGGAGUGCUGGGUACCGUCGACACGCAAGCCCUGCAUCAGGCGUGGGCUGACGGCGACCGGCCGCGCAACCUGGAAAGAGUCCUGCAAGAUCUGUGCGUUAGGUGCAGCUGGUUGCACAACGCGGGGAACGAUGCCGUCUUUACUCUACGCGCCCUGAUCGCCAUGGCCGUGGAAGGCCCCAUGCCAGAGGGCGGAACCCAGCGAAUACCCCAGUUGUCAACAAUGGACACGUCGGAAUUGUGA